AUUAAGGUGUGCAAUUCCAGAAAUAACAAAAGUAAAGGGGAUCAAAAUAGAAAGAAAAAAAAAGGAGAAAAGAAUAAAAUAAACCCACGGACUGCGGCUCUGCAUAUUCUAUUUCCGGCGCGGCCUGUCUUUCCCUCCGGCACUCUCCUACGAACAACUAGGGUUCCGACGCUUCCUUCCCUUUUCAGACGUUCCUCGAUCCAAAAUCUUCUCCGAAUACCAAACCUGCGUCAUUCAUCGAAGGAUCUGAAAAAAUGGUGAGAGGUUUGCUCAACAAGCUCGUCUCUCGCUCUCUCUCCAUCGCCGGAAAAUCGCAGCAGCAGCAGCUCCGCCGCCUCAACAUCCACGAAUAUCAGGGAGCUGAGUUGAUGAGCAAGUACGGUGUCAAUGUACCAAAAGGUGUUGUUUGUUCCACGCCUGAAGACGUAAAAAAGGCAACCCAGUCCUUAUUUGCCAACGAAAGUGAGUUGGUCGUUAAAAGUCAGAUCCUUGCUGGUGGGCGAGGCUUGGGUACCUUCAAAAGUGGUCUACAGGGUGGUGUCCACAUUGUGAAGGCUGAUCAGGUUGAAGACAUUGCUGGGAAAAUGCUUGGACAGAUACUUGUUACAAAACAAACUGGGCCUCAGGGCAAAGUUGUCAGCAAGGUUUACUUGUGUGAGAAAAUGUCUCUGGUCAACGAGAUGUACUUCGCUAUCACUCUUGAUCGUAAAACUGCUGGUCCUCUCAUAAUAGCUUGUCGAAAAGGAGGAACCAGUAUCGAGGACCUUGCAGAGAAAUUCCCCGACAUGAUUAUAAAGGUGCCUAUUGAUGUUUUCAAGGGAAUUACGGAUGAAGAUGCUGCAAAGGUUGUAGAUGGAUUGGCUCCCAAGGUGGCUGAUAGAAAUGAUUCGAUAGAACAAGUGAAGAAGUUAUACAAACUUUUCUGUGAAUGUGACUGCACCAUGUUGGAAAUCAAUCCCAUUGCAGAAACGUCUGAUAAACAGUUGGUGGCUGCUGAUGCAAAGCUGAAUUUCGAUGAUAAUGCUGCUUACCGUCAGAAGGAGAUAUUUGCUCUUCGUGAUCCAACACAGGAGGAUCCUCGUGAGGUUGCUGCUGCAAAAGCGGACUUGAAUUAUAUUGGCCUGGAUGGAGAAAUUGGUUGCAUGGUGAAUGGUGCUGGAUUGGCAAUGGCUACAAUGGACAUAAUAAAGUUGAGCGGGGGAACUCCCGCUAAUUUUCUCGAUGUUGGCGGGAAUGCUUCUGAAGGACAGGUUGUGGAGGCUUUCAAAAUUCUGACUUCUGAUGAUAAGGUGAAAGCAAUUCUGGUGAACAUAUUUGGAGGGAUAAUGAAGUGUGAUGUAAUAGCAAGCGGAAUUGUUAAUGCUGCUAAACAUGUUCAAUUAAAAGUACCAGUUAUCGUUCGUCUUGAAGGAACCAAUGUUGAUCAAGGGAAGAGCAUUCUGAAGGAAAGUGGUAUGGCACUAAUUACAGCAGAAGAUCUUGAUGAUGCAGCUCAGAAAGCAGUUAAAGCAGCCUAUAGCUAAGGAUAUCCAGUUGCCUUUGCUCGAUUCCUUCAUCUCUUUUUUUGAAGUUCCCCACACUAUACUGGAGUUAUUUUCGGAUAUACGCAACUGUUAUAUCAGCUACAUUUGAAGAGAGUAGCUAUGGAGACUGCUUUGAUGUCAAACAUGUUUAAUAAGUUGAAAUUUGUAUUAUUGGACCAAGAAUACAUGUUAUUGGAGGAAAAAAUCUAAACAUAGAAGCAAAUGAUCAUUCAUUUUGCCAAA